AUUUUUUAUUUUAUUAUAUUUUUUAAAGAACACUACCCCUUAACAAUAUGAUCAUGAUCAUAGGCAUAUAAUAAUCAAUUAAAAAAAUUAAAAUGUAAAGGAAAGUCGUUGGUUAUCAAAUAGUAUAAAUGUAAGAAUACAUAUGUAUAUAGCAGAUUAAGGGUGGAAAUUAAGGAGGCUUCAAUUAAAUUAAAUCAGCAUCGAAGAUCGAGAGAGAAUAUCAAUGGCAGAAAAAGAAGAACAAGUAGUUAGAAACAAGCAGGUAAUAUUAAACAAGUAUGUGGAGGGAUUUCCCAAGGAGGAGGACAUGCUAGUGACUUCGUCUGCAAGUAUAAAGCUUAAGGUGCCUGAUGGUUAUGGUGGGAUUCUGGUGAAGAACCUCUACUUGUCCUGCGAUGCCUACCAGCGGAUUCUCAUGACACACAUACCUAAUUCUGCCGCCGUCUUCGGUUUUUAUAACAUUGGCUCUCCAUUAUUUGGGUAUGGAGUGGCCCAAGUGUUGGAUUCAGGACAUCCAGAGUUCAAACAAGGCGACUUAGUAUGGGGGGUAACUACAUGGGAAGAGUACAGCCUCCUUCCCACGCCCGAAAACCUCGUCAAGAUCCUCCACACCGAUGUACCUCUUUCCUCCUACGCUGGAAUUCUCGGUAUGCCAGGUUUGACUGCUUAUGCAGGAUUCUACAAAGUAUGUAAUCCUAAGAAAGGAGAAAAGGUGUUCAUAUCAGCAGCAUCCAGUGCAGUGGGUCAGCUUGUUGGCCAAUUUGCUAAACUGUCAGGCUGUUAUGUUGUUGGAAGUACUGGGAGCAAAGAAAAGGUGGAGCUAUUGAAAGGAAAGCUUGGAUUUGAUGAUGCAUUCAACUACAAGGAAGAGCAAGACUUGGAGGCAACCUUAAAGAGGUAUUUCCCGCAAGGCAUAGACAUUUACUUUGACAACGUUGGGGGCAAAACACUUGAGGCUGUGCUUCUCAACAUGAGACAGUUUGGACGCAUUGCUAUAUGCGGAAUGGUAUCACAGUACAAUCUUGAUGAGCAGGAAGGAGUUAAAAAUCUAAUGCAACUGGUAUCGGGGCGUAUUCGUAUGGAAGGAUUCAACGUUAUUGAUCACCUUCCUAAGUAUUCUGAAUACUUGGAGUAUGUGCUACCCUAUAUAAGACAGGGCAAGAUUGUCUCCGUAGAAGACAUUGCUCAAGGCCUCGACUCUGCUCCAUCGGGUCUUGUUGGACUCUUCACAGGUCGCAAUGUUGGAAAACAACUCAUUCAUCUGUCUGAACCCCAUUAAAUACGAUCAUAUCUAUCUAUCUGUAUAUUUGAUCUUGUAUGACUAAAUAUUACUGCCAUGUCCCUUCAUGGUGACAGCUAGCUAGUGAGCUUCUUCAAUUUAUAUCAAGUUUUCUAUACGCAGCAUGUAUAUUAAUGAAUCUUGAAGCAACCUUUUUUUGUUCAGUCCUAGGGCAUGUGCACGUUAUUAGUCUACCACAUACAGACCAUUAAAAAGGUCAUUUCCUUGUGAUAUAUGUAAUCAAUAAUAUCCUCACAUCUUUAUUGAA